AUGCGGUUCUUGUGGCUAAGUGUUAUCUUAAACCUGUGUCUUUUGGUGAAGGCUUCUGUACUGAGUGCAGAUGAUGUUACAGAAUACAGAGAUGAAGAUGGGAUAAUUAAGGUUACAGAGGAGAAUUACCAGUUUCUUGGAAAGGGAUUGAGGGAGUUUUACUCUGCGGUGUUUAUUACCAGCGAUUCUCCAAAUCAGCAUGGAGAAUUGUGCGAUCUAUGUGGGGAGUUCGAGCCUAAUUUCCGAAUUGUAUCGAAAUCUAUGGUCAAACAAUUGUCCAAAGAGCAAAGCGAUAGGAUAAUGUUCUUUAAAGUUGACUUAGCUGAGAAUCCGUCGUUUUUGAAGGAUUUUCAAGUUACCAAGAUACCGUUUUGUUUAAUAUAUCCUCCACAGCCGGAGUUGACGAAAGAGGGCCAAGAUUUUGGAUGGGGUCAUAGUCCAUUUUAUCAGUAUGUGAUUAAGCAUGACAACAUGAAGCAGGCAACACAUUUUGCUGAUUUUUUGGCCAAGAUCUUGAACGUUUUCCUCACCAUUGAGCAAAGGUUUGAAUACGACAAGUUUGCACAAGUGUUUGUUGUAUGCGUGAUGGUGUUUGUAUUUUUCAAGAAGAAGGUAUUGCCAUUGAUCACGAACAAGCCCAAGUUCUUUUUGGGGUUGGCAUCGAUUGCCAUCAUCAUGAUUUCCGUUUCGGGUUACAACUUCACAGCGAUGAACCAUGUUCCAUUUAUAGCGCAAAACAAAGAGGGCCAUGUGAUGUGGUUUAGUGGUGGGUCGCAUUAUCAGUUUGGGAUAGAGGUGUUGACGAUAUCUUCAUUUUACACGGUGCUUGGAGGGUUAUUCCUUGCUGUGUAUUUUGUUCCAAAGAGCGUGCGUCUUGGGAGCGUGGAGAAGAGUGUCAUAUCGUCCGUUAUCGCGGUUAUUCUCUUCUUCAUAUACAUGUAUUUCUUGUCGAUAAUUGACAUAAAGUAUCCUGGGUAUCCGUAUGGAAUAUUCUAA